AUGAAGGUCGUCCGUAAGGAAAGAAGAAGACACAUGAUUGUGAAAGAAGAGGAGGAGGAGGAAUACAAAACACGAGGUGGUGUUCUUGUUGUGGACAUGGCAUGGGUCGUUGAUUAUUCAAGACUCUUUUGGUUGCUCUUCGGCGUCUUCUCUUACGAGAAUCACGAAGGAAAACCUCGGAUCCUUUUCUAG